AUGAAAACAUUGGAAUGGGGUAAUAUGCAAGUGAAAAUAGAUGGUCGGCAAAUGCACCAUCUUCGCUUUGCUGUUGACAUCGUCCUUAUGACACCAAACAUUGGCCGAGCGGAACGUAUGCCUACCGCUUUCGAUAAAACCUGUGGAAAGAUCGGUCUACGACUAAAUCUGACAAAAACGGCGUUCAUGAAGAACGGAUUGGUUUCGUAUGCCCCACCCACGCUCAACGGAACGAAUAUCUUUGAGUGCUGCAGUUAUGCCUAUCUAGAUCGGGAAACCAGCGUGCUGAACGACUUUGCUCCAGAGCUGAGCAGAAGGAAACGAGCAGCUUGGGAAGCUUUCAAAAGCGUGGAGGAUUUAGUGAAGAGAACAAAAAACAUCCGACUUCGUGCCCGGUUUUUCUACUCAGUGGUACUUUCUGCGUCAACGUAUGCGUGA